AUGGCCACAAAUUAUGGUCAUGCAAAUGGAGAUGGAGAUGAUGUCGAAGAUCGUGAGGUCGAAGAUCAUGAGGUAUUAAACGUUCGAUACCCGUUCGAAUCCGGUUGCGUUCGAAUGUUCGGAUGCAAGUAUGGACUAGACUUAAGAGGCAGGGAGACAGACUUGGAGGUGGAGUAUCUCAUUACAGCCUUAUGGGAUGGAGGCUCGAGCUUCGACGCUUGGCUCAACAUUGGCUCCACAAAGAUUGCUCAAUUUCUGCUCACAAUUCCCUUUUCUUACGCACAAGCAGGCCUGCCCUCCUCAAUAGCCUUUCAGGUGCUCCACUUGCUGAUGGGCUGGUGGGGAGGCUACAUAAUUAACAUUCUCUACUUGACAUAUCGAGAGAAGCAGAACCUUCCACUUGCACACAGCCGAAAGCGCAAUACUCAGGUCUCACAUGUUCAAGCUCUUGCUCCCCAUGGCUAUACAGGAUAUUUUAGUGCUCUCAGCAAUUUUUUGGCAGUUGGAACAGAGAUAAUAACCUGUUUCAUCCUGUUUGGGAUUCUGAGCUCGCCACUCUACCUGUUUUGUGAGAAGUUGUUUAAAAUCCAAGAUUCACCAAGCUUCACAAGGAGAACUUUGCUGAGAGUACCUAUGUUUCCAGCAAUCUGGUUAGCCGCUCUUGCAUUCCCGUUCCUUCAGAUCGCGGCUACUGCCAUUUUCGGAGCCUGGAGCAUAUACAUCAUUCCUUGCACUGCCUACAUUGUGAUAUUCUGGUGUAAGUUAAGACUACUUCCUGCGGCACAAAUUCUCAUUCUUACUCCAGGCGCUCCAACCUGCCUUACCAAAGUUGAGUUGGAAAACAACCUUCAGCAUUAA